UCAGUACGUGUGCUCGUGCGUGUGCGUAUGAUUGUAGUUCGCUGGUUUCCUCAGUUUGUCCGUGUCUCUACCCUACAGUCGGAAUAACUUCAGUCUUCGUCGAACUUUUGCUGGACUGUCAUCUCUGUUGAACUACAAAGUGGGAUUAAUAGCACAGGAAUAGGAAAAAACAAGAAAAAGGAGAAAAAGAGAAUACGGGGAGUAGAGAGGAGGAGGAGGAGAGGAGGAAGAAGAAGAAGAGUGAGUUCAGACUCUCUGUGAAACCAUGGAAGUUCCUGGUAUGCAGAGCUCCCAGUUGGAUCCAGAGGAGUUGUUCACGAAACUGGACCGGAUCGGAAAAGGAUCCUUUGGAGAGGUGUUCAAAGGCAUCGACAAUCGCAGUCAGAGCGUAGUGGCCAUAAAGACCAUCGACCUGGAGGAGGCCGAGGAUGAGAUCGAGGACAUCCAGCAGGAGAUCACGGUGCUGAGUCAGUGCGACAGUCCCUACAUCACCAAGUACUUUGGCUCCUACCUGAAGGGAACCAAACUCUGGAUCAUCAUGGAAUAUCUGGGAGGUGGAUCAGCUCUGGAUCUGUUACGUGCAGGUCCCUUCGAGGAGUCUCAGAUCGCCACCAUGCUGAAGGAGAUCCUGAAGGGUCUGGACUACCUUCACUCUGAGAAGAAGAUCCACAGAGACAUCAAGGCGGCCAACGUCUUGCUGUCAGAACACGGUCAGGUCAAACUGGCUGACUUUGGUGUAGCUGGCCAGCUCACUGACACACAGAUCAAAAGGGAAACCUUUGUGGGUACGCCGUUCUGGAUGGCUCCUGAGGUCAUUCAGCAGUCCGCCUACGACUCCAAGGCAGACAUCUGGUCUCUGGGAAUCACAGCUAUCGAACUGGCCAAAGGUGAACCUCCAAACUCAGACAUGCACCCAAUGAGAGUUCUCUUCCACAUUCCCAAAUCUCCUCCACCGACGCUGACUGGAGAUUUUUCCAAGAGUUUCAAAGAAUUCACCGAGGCCUGUCUCAACAAAGACCCAGCAUUUCGUCCAACGGCCAAAGAGCUCCUCAAACACAAGUUCAUCAUCAAACACUGUAAGAAGACUUCAUAUCUGAGUGAGCUGAUUGAUCGGUACAGGAGGUGGAAGGAGGCGGGGCAUAGUAACAGCAGCUCCGACGACUCAGACAGUGAGUCCAGUAACAAGGAGAACAGUGACUCUCCAGAAUGGUCCUUCACCACCGUCAGGAAGAAGAAGUCAGAUGGGAGAAAAGUUCUCAAUGGAACAGUCCAGGAUCAUCAGACUAAGUCAUCCAGUUUGAACACCGUCAUCUCUCCUGUUUUCACUGAGUUGAAGCAGCAACAUAAGGAGCACUCUCAGCAGCGAUUGGCUAUCGAAGAGCUGGAACGGAACAUUCGAUUGGCUGAAGACGUUUGUCCGGGAAUCACAGACAGGAUGGUCACACACAUCAUUGCCAGAUUUACAGCCAAUUAAAGAGUCAACCAUCGACAUGGGACGUUGGCAGAAGGAAGUAACUGGUCUCUGUGCUUUACCGCUGCUGCAAAAUGGGAAAAGGAGGAGUUUUGCUGUGCGACAUCUCCUCACCAACACACACACACACACACACACACACACUAAAAUUGUAAUAUAUACUCUCUAUAUCUUGUAUAUACUGUGUUUUUACUGCUGCUGUUGAAGAACUUUUUUCUCCUCUGGAUUUAAUUCAGAAGCUGAUUCACAUUUGUAUGAACUCUCUUUGUUUUUUUUUGUAAUCACCGGAGUUUUUAAAUCAACUAAGACUUACAUGACAACCAUGCAUCCCAUAAAAACAUAUCUAAAGUGCCUUCACCUUUGGAUGCUGUCACUGGUUUCCUUGAGGAAAGAAGUGACGUGACGUUGAUUUCCUUAUCAAGUUUCCUCUCUUCUGUAUUUCAUAGCACUUGAUCAUCUGCCAAUAUCACAAUUCUGUUGUCUUUUGGUACUACCUGGAUGAACUUUGCCCCCACGCUGAAACCAAACCCACGUUUUUUUUCAUAGUUUUAAUUAGAUUACUGUUCGAUUGUUUAACUAAAAAAAGUCGACAAACCAAAUUAAGUCAGGUUUUUUUGUUUCCCUUUGUUUUGUUUUAAAACUAUUUUUCAUUUGACAUCAAACCUAAAAUUCUCCUAUUUUAAGUUUUCAACAACCACCUUUUAACCAACACAGGUGAUUUUCACCAGCAUAGGGGGCGCUGUCAUCACAGGAAUUAGAAGCCAUUUGUACCAAAAACACAAUAAAGGAUUUUAUAUAAAACAUAUGGGAUACAAUAAUAAUACUGAUGAUGAUGAUGAAGAUGUGUGUUAAAGGGGAAAAUGUGUCAAAGAUGUAGAUUUUACUGUUAACCUCUCUGUUUUUGUAGCGGGAGUUUAAAUAAUAAAUAUUUAAGUUUGAUGGAGAAACUCAAA